UAUCUAUCUGCUCUGCAGACUGCAACUAAUCAACAGCUGAUCGGAACUUGUGGCUAUUCAUGCUUCACAUGUCAUAUGUAGCUAUACAUACAUAUAUGUAAAAUAACGUAAAACUGAAUAAUUUAAAUCAAUGGAUAAUUAUUCGGUAGAUUUAAUAUGUCAAGAUAUUGUUAAAUAUCAUCUUCAAGUUAAUGCUUUAAUACAAGAUAUACAAGAAUGUAGCGGACCACUAGAGAUGCUCGAUGAACUCAAUGCAAAAGGCAGAAACAAGAUAGCAGUUUUGAAAUCUUCCAUUGAACGAUUAGCAUCUAUUGUUGAAACUGAAUUAAAUGAGAGGAAAAAAACUGAACUGUUACUUGCAGUAGAUAGCUAUAAGGAACAGCUAAACACUUCUUUGGCAGCCUUCCGCAGGGCCAAUGUUGUUAGCGCAUGUGUCAUUGACAAAUUGGCAAGGGAAAAUUUAUUCUCUAUGUCAGAAGAACAACAGAAUGCUCUCCGUAAACGACAUAACAAACAAAGCUUGACGAAUGCAUCUAAUCAAGUAACAGAUAAGUUAUUGAGCAUUUCAAGACACUUAGCUGAAACAACUCAGAGGAGCGCUGAUACCUUGGACACACUAUUAACAUCUUCAGACAAAGUUGGUAGCACCAAGGAUGAGUUAGAACAUCAACAACAAGCAAUAGUACAAUCGGGUAAGCUCUUAGGAAAAUAUGGAAGACGAGAAGUCACCGAUAAAGUUUUGCUCGCAUUAGCAUUUAUCUUUUUCCUCGCCUGUGUAUUUUACAUUCUACAAAAAAGAUUAUUCUGAAUAUAUAUUAAGUACUUGUAACAUGAUACUUUCAUAUUAUGAUACUAUCAUGUAACUAUCUGCAUAGCA